CGCCGAAGCAGGCAGAGUUGAGCAGCCGGGCGAGGACGAGGGAGGACGGGGCGGCCGCGGCGGCACCACGGAGGCUCACAGGGAUGUACAGUAAACACAGACAGAAAAAUGGCCACAUAUCGCCGGCGGCGUGCGCGUCUUUGCUCUUCUUUCUCGCUUUGUUCUCGCUCCACGGCGCCCCGGGAAGAACCAGCGGGUUACAGAGAGGACGGACAGUGACGGCAAGAUGGCUCUCCCAAGGUCGAAACAAGAGGGAGGCCCACAUCUCAGCUCAGGACGAACGGCCAAUUCGAGGAGAAAUUGUGCUUUCCUCCGAUGACCUCCAACUGGUGCUACAAGUGGAACAUAACCGUGAGCUUUUGGGUCCAGAUUUCAGCGAGACCUAUUACACCGACGACGGGCAGCCGGUGACCGUGACCGGCGGGAAUUUCACCGAUCAUUGCUUCUAUCACGGAAAUGUCAGAGGUCAUCCGGAUUCCUGGGUGGCCCUCAGCGCGUGCUCAGGUGUCAGGGGAUUGAUCUCGUUAAAUGUGAACAACAGCUUCUACCUGGAGCCACAGGGGGGCGCCGAUCCCCCCCUCCGCCAUUCCUUGCUGCCCGCCCAACAACUGGAAUUGGAAGGCGGCGAUUGCGGUCACGGCCGUCACCACGCGGCGUUCGACCACGUGUCCGACUUCCUCCGACCGCAUCGUUUAAGGGUGAAAAGAAACACGUGGGGCACCACCAAGUACAUGGAGCUCUACAUUGUGGCUGACAACACGCUGUUUAAACGACAGAAUCGAGACUACGAGAAAAUCAAGACGAGGAUCAUGGAAAUCGCCAACUACGUGGACAAGUUCUACAGGGCUCUGAACAUCCGCGUGCCUCUUAUCGGUCUGGAGGUGUGGACCGAGCGGGACCAGUGCAUCGUCACCGAGGAGCCCAACGCUACCCUCUGGUCCUUCCUCCAGUGGCGACAGAAGCUCAAGUCCCGCAAGAAGCACGACAACGCACAACUGCUCACCGGCGUGAUCUUCAAGGGGACGACUAUCGGGAUGGCGCCGCUGGAGGGCAUGUGCAGUCUGGAGAACUCCGGAGGGAUCAAUGUGGACCACUCGGAGCUGUCCAUCGGCGCGGCGGCCACCAUGGCCCACGAGAUCGGCCACAACUUUGGGAUGAGUCACGACCACGACGGCUGCUGCGUGGAGGCCACGGCCGAGCAGGGGGGUUGCGUCAUGGCGGCCGCCACCGGGCAUCCCUUUCCCAAAGUGUUCAGCCAGUGCAGCAAGCGCGACCUGGACAGCUACUUCCAGAAGGGCGGCGGCAUGUGUCUCUUCGACAUGCCCAACAUGAAGGACCUGGUGGGCGGGAAAAGGUGCGGCAACGGCUUCGUGGAGGACGGCGAGGAAUGCGACUGCGGCCAAGCCGACGAAUGCACCAAUGACUGUUGCAAUGCCAAUAAUUGCACGCUGAAAGAAGGGGCUCAGUGUGCCCAUGGAGUGUGUUGCCAAGCUUGUAAGCUGAAGCAAGCGGGCACCAUGUGCCGGGGCCCGGCUGGGGCCUGCGAUCUGCCCGAGUACUGCACGGGCGCGGCGCCCUACUGCCCCACCAACGUCUACCUACUGGACGGAUCCUCGUGCCAGGCGGGACGGGCCUACUGCUACAACGGCAUGUGUCUGACCCAUCAGCAGCAGUGCUUGCAGUUGUGGGGCGCCGGUGCCCGUCCGGCGCACGACGCCUGUUUCGAAGACGUCAACGCCGCGGGGAACGCUUUCGGGAACUGCGGGAAAGACGAGCGCGGCAACUACGUCAAGUGCGCAAAAAGUGACGCCAAAUGCGGCAAGAUCCAGUGCCACAGCGCCGCCAAGAAGCCCAAAGGCACCAACGCCGUGUCCAUCGACACCACCAUCAAAACGGGCGGCAUCGAGGUCAAGUGCCGCGGCACCUACGUCUACAGCACCCAGGACGGCCAGGGCGACCUUCCCGACCCCGGCUUGGUCGCGACGGGCACAAAAUGCGGCGAGGGGAAGGUGUGCCGGGAGCGCCGGUGUCAAAACGCAUCCUUUAGCGAGUUGGAGACGUGCAUCUCUCGCUGCCAUGGCAACGGGGUGUGCAACAGCAACGGCAACUGCCACUGCCAUCGAGGUUGGGCGCCCCCAUUCUGCGACAAGCCGGGCCUUGGAGGCAGCGUGGACAGCGGGCCCGUGCAGUACGACAGUCAGGUGGGCUUGGUGGUGGGCCUUCUAUUUGCCUUCCUGGUGCUCCUGCCCGGCGUGCUGCUGCUCUUCUACUGCUACCGCAUCAAGACCUCCUACUUGCACAAGUGGCUGGCGCGGAGAGACAAGAACAAGAGCAACAAAAUGGAAACAGACAAAGCCAAGAAGAACAGCCACCUGAAUCCUGCCUUUCACCUCAAAGUUGUCGGACCCAUCAACAAAGCCAGCAGCCACAAGGGGCUUUCCGCCACCAGCAAAGAGGUUCUUCCUCUCCGACCAGAAUCGGCGGCAGUUGGUACCCAGCCGGUUAACAUCGUGCGCCCGCUGCGGCCCGCUCCGUUGACUCGGGAUGUCAGGGGGCACCGCCCCCCCGUCCCGUCGGCGCCCCGGCAAUCCCCGCAGCGACUGAGCCCACCUAAGAAGCCCCUGCCCCUCAACCCCACGCGAUCGCCACUGCCCAGACCGUCACCAUUGCCCCCCCAGAGGCCCCUCCCCCUCAGUCCCGCCAGAGGAGGCUCGCCAGUGAGGGUGCUGACCUCCAAACCGUCGCCGAGCCUGCUGGUCAUGAUGCCCCCAGCGGUAGGACUCAAAACUGCAAGCAGACCGCCAGGGGUCCACCCUCACAGGGCUCUCAGGUGAGUUUGCGCAGAGCGGUCCCAGGUGCCAAACAGAGCUCGGCGUCACCCCCAUCGUGAAGCCGGCCUUCCUCUUCUGCCUCAAAGCCUCUUUUUUUUUGCACUAAAGUAACGUCGCUACGUCGGUCGACCACCUCGUGGUCGCGGCGCACGGCGGCGGGAGGACGGCGUUUAGACGAAAGCGACGAGUCGCCGCGCUGGAAUCUAUGGCCACAUUUGACGCAGUUUUGCACGGACCAAGACGUGUCAUUUCUGCCAAAAUGGCUUCUUUUAAUGAUAUUUUAAAAUGUUCUUUGUGUACGAAAAACUGCGGUUUACAAUUUGUCUCGGAUUUGCGUUCUGUGCCAAAGAGGUUUCGCCACGCUUGGGGAGGGGGGGUGUCCAGAAUCGCUUGAAAAUCAUGGUCCACUCCGCAACGGAAAGCCGCUUGAGCAUUUUAGGAAGUUAAAGCACGCAUUGGUACACGAACCUUAAGCUGGAUAGCAACGAUACGGAAGAAACGCUCAAACGCAUCAGGAACGUCCGAUUCCUGCCGCACACCGACCAAUCAAAAAACAUACCCUUGUGAAGCAAGGACAUUUUAAAUAUUGUUUUGGAACUUUGGGAUGGUCGCUGUUGCUCGGUGUGCGGCUGGUCCCUAGUACGUCAAUCUGGAGACCCACAAAAAAAUGAAAAGCUGCCUCGGCUGCUUCUUUUACUGUUUACAUUUUGACCGAGUACUUGAUGGAACACCCCCGCCACUUCCGUUACUCCGCAUCAUCGCAUCAAUGUGAAUGUCUUUUGCUUUUUGUCACCACUUUUGAAAAGGUACAUAAAAUAUUUUUUACUAAA